AUGGCUCAUAACGAUGUUGUGACGCAAGUCACGGGAUACGCUCGUCAAUGGGAGACUGGUGGCAAGGCAUCAUGCUUGAAAUACCUUGCUCCCCAUGUAGCGAGUAUACUCUCAGAUGCAGAGUCGGUUCGCAUCUUGAGCGCCGCGUUUUUUGUCCUUGUCUCAUACGUUACGAUCUCCGCUUCGCGCCAACCCAAAGACUCUGUGAUCACACCGGAUGGGUUGAAUGAUUUUUGUCUGGAGCUUAUUCGUACUUGCCCCCCGCAGACCCCUGGCAGUCACAAGGCACCGGUUGCAGGCUCAACGAUCUCGCCACAGGCAGCUAGGUUAUCGGAAAUCAUUGUCGAUGUCUUCUGGAUGCUCGACUCAGAGCUCGAAGACGCAUCAGUUGAGGAGGCCCGUGCGUCUGCCCCAGGCUCUGAAAUUCCCUCGGCACUUCAAACACGAGCCUCAGCAGCAAAUACCCAGAGAACAGAGGAUCGUCAAAGGAUGGUCGAAUUGAUCAGGCGUUUGUUGACUGGCGUUCUCGACGCUGACCACUGCCGGGAGCGUCUGGAGUCCGUGCUGGUCACAGCAAUCAAAGCGCUGUUCCGUCAGUCAUCCACAAUAAAGCAACGUGAAGCCAAGCUUCGUACUGCGACAUUGUACGCCCCACUCGCUUCAACAACACCGUUCAAUUGCUUACCAUUAACUUCCGCUCGGGUGCGAUUCUUCCCUGGGUAUUCGAAGCUCGUAGCCGAGUUGUAUCAAUCCGUUGGCCCCUCUCAUGAUGUGUCGACCGGAGAGCCAGCAGAGACAAAGGCCCGACUGGUCCAACGAGCUCAAGAAACUUGGGCCCGUAUUGUUGCUUUGAUCGGUUAUUUCGACCUCGACCCAAAUCGCGUGGUAGAUGUGUUUCUUGAUUGUUUCGAGGCACACCUCACCACCCAUUGGGCAUUUUUCCUCGAGUUAUUGCGCUGUUCGCCGUGGAGUCGCGCGAAGCCUCAUGAGUUGCUUGGAUCAGAGGAUGUGGGCAGCAAUGUCAUGGAGCAUGAUACAGAGCCCAAUUGGGAAGGGCUCAAUCUGGACGAAGUUUUGGAAAAAGCUGAAGGGGAACCCAAGACUAUUAGCGACCCUGGUACCCCUCAAGGGAGCCAAUGCGGCCAGCUUCUGGGAUUUAAAUUUGCUUAUUAUCAGUCUUCAGCAGUGAUAGAACAAGCUCCACCGAAGCUAUACAUGUUGGCUGCCUUGCUAAUACGCGAGGGGUUUAUUGAAAUUGACGACCUUUACCUACAUCUGGAACCCACGGACGAAGGCAUGUCGGAAUUCGAGGACAGGUGGAAUACGUCCAAACCGGUAGUCGCCACGCUGCGUAGUAAUGCAUUGGCCAUGGCCGCACCCCUCCCAGAAGAUGGUCGUGGAUACCGUACACAAGGUUCUACUUCGACUCAAACCAAGGCAGUAACAACCGAUUCAACACAAUCGAAAAUACCAGCCAACCAAAAAGCUCGGCUUGUUCAUGCUCUUUUUUGUGUCGGAGCUUUGCGACAAGGCUUGUCUAUUCUCUCCAAAUUCCCUUGGCUUACAUCCGCCCACUCUGAUAUCGCCGACGCACUCCUACGUCUAUUGGAUGUAUCCUUUGAGCCACUUUACGCACCCAUCUCUUUGGCGCAGCGCUCUCCUCGCUAUGCGGCUAGCAAUGCUACCGCGCGAGGCAAGUGGACAAACGCCAAGGCCAUAGUCCCGAUUACUCGAACUCAGCAACUCACCCUCGCCGUGCCCGUUCCACCACCGACUUUCAACAGUUUCUUCACUUUCUUUUAUCCCAGAUGGCAUGAAUGGGCCCAGCUCGAUGCUAGUGUUGACCCGGAGACCAAACUUGCCGACCCUGAUGUUUUGAAGGAUUGGGUCGAUAUCACCCGACUCUUUCUCCUCCCAUCUUUAUCUAUGCAGCGUUCCAAUUCUAUCUUCGCCACCGAGAUAUGGAGCCUUCUAUGUCACGCUGAUCCAACAAUGCGCUGGGGAGUAUAUGGCGAGUGGCAAUCUGGGAACGUAUUCGCGCCACGGAUAUCUCCAUAUGCGGACGACGAGUACGAUCCUGAUUAUGAAACUCCUGAGGAAAAGCAAGAGCGAGAGGCAAGGGACGCGCAUGCUCGGGCGUUGGAGACCAAGGAUUCGGCGAUAAGGGACUUACUGAAGGAGCGCCGCGCGGAGGUUGCUCGUGAUACGCGUGAUCUUAUGCGCCGGAUUACGGACAAGAAUCCUACGAUGUUUGCCAGACUGCUUGCAAAACUCUCUCAUUCAAAUCCCACCAUCACUUUCCCUGCGAUUAUGAAGCAGCUUAUGGCGUACGAUAAUUUUGCAAAGGCUGUAGUUGGGACUUCCAAGUACCUGACCGUCAUGGAGUUUGACGUAUUCACGUAUUACCUACUGGAGGCAUUCUCCGAUGAUGAUAGGGGCAAGGUCAAGGAGGAUGGAGAAAAUACUUCCAUGUGGCUGCAAAGCCUUGCUGCUUUCGCGGGCCAACUCUGUAGACGACACCCGGCUUUCGAUUCCGCCCAUAUUCUCAACUACAUGUCUCACCAGCUCCACAAUAACCGCUAUGACGAUUUGGUCAUCCUACGCAACCUCAUCAAUAAGAUGACCAAUAUCGAUGCGUCGAUGGACGCCUUGCCCGACCGGUUGCUUGUUGCUCUUCGAGGAGGUCCAUUGCUUCAAGUGGAGAUGCUGGCCCCAGAAACGCGUGGAGCCGAGGGUCUGACACCAAUGGGCCAACGAUCGACCGCAAGGCUGCUCGAUAGCCUACGUCGCACGAAACUAUUCGGGCCUAUGAUUGUUUUAUUAGCCAAGUUGAGGCAGACAUCAGCGUUCGCCAACACAGAACGUGCCAAAUACCCGAAGACUUUGGGGCUAAUACUAGACGAGUGCCAAGCUGUGUUGUUCCAAUAUCUUGAACUCUUGUGGAAGAAUACGUCUCAUGACGAGUGGGCUGCUGUCACACCCAGUAUUACGGAUUUGGUGGAGAAAUACGGGGUCGAAUUUUCCAUCGCAAUGCAUAUUUUGCGGCCAAAACUACGUGAGGCUAUCCUGCGAGCCUCGGAAACCAAAGGAGAGCCAGUUGACGCCGAGUCCAAGCCAAGCAAGGCCCUCGAAACGGCUGAGGCCGCUGAGCGGAGACUCAAGAGCGAGCUGAAACUUCAAUCAGCCAAGAGGGAACAAGCGACUCCUACUCCUGAUUCUGUUGGUGCUGAGCCUACUCCAGAACCUCCUUCUGAGCCCAACUCCACGUCUCCUUGGCACCCUAUUCUCGUACCAGUGAUAAAGGAGGUGUCGGCCUUACUCCCUGAGAGAGUUCUCGAGACCAUCGGCGCACCAUUCUUCGUCACGUUUUGGCAGCUAAGCAUGUAUGAACUGGCAGUACCUGACGCGAGCUACACAAGCGUGGUUACUCGACUCUCAAACAAAAUAAGAGAGCCGAUUCCCCCUCAAUCGCGCGAUGCACGAUUCUUGGAGGAGCGACGAAAGCGCAUGCAACAGCAAGUCGAGCUGCUUCCUCAAGAAAUGAAACGACAGAUGACGGCAAAGAGUUUGACGGCAACCAGGCUACGGCGAGAGAAGAAUUUUUGGUUCCCUCUCUACCCGAACCAGAACGAUGUAGCCUCAGACUUUGUGCAUUAUUGUAUCCACCCACGCGCUGUUCUUACUCCCUUGGACGCCGAUUUUUGUUCUCACUUCUUGAAGCUUUUGGCCGGGAUGAAUCUUACAACGGCGAAUUGCUUGAAGUUUUAUGAUUUGGUUUUCUCUGGUCACAUAUCGAGCCUUAUUUUCACUUGUACCGAACGAGAAGCCCGAAACUACGGCCGAUUCUUACGUGGCGUACUUGGAGACCUUGGUGCAUGGGCCAAGGACGAAAAAGUUUACAAGUCUGAAAUAGUUGACAAACUCCUUCCAUCCUUUAUGCGUGUCUGGCAGAGAACGGCGGGCACGCCACAGCGUCCAGUCAAACCAUCCGAUAUGACUCAGUGGGAUACUUUCAGAAGGGUUGUUGGAAAAUGGCACACAAGGUUGUAUAAGUCUUGCGUUGAAUGUCUCGAAUCGGGCGAGGCUAUGCAUAUCCGAAAUGCAAUCAUUGUCCUAACGGAGGUUCUCCCAGUAUUCCCACUCAAAGAGAUCUCUCACAAUGCCGGUCCUGCUAUUAUCAAUGGUGUACGUCAGCUCUUGGAGAAGGAAACUCGACCAGAUCUUUUCAAUAUGGCCCAAUCUUAUCAUGGUCAAUUGAACGGUAGAAGAUCCCACUGGGAGCUCGAGGUUCGUGAUGCUGGUUUCCGGGUACAAAACCCCGUCCCUGUCAAGCCUCCCGUCGCACUCGGUGCAAAAUCCACACCAUCGGACUCAUCUACUGGCUCUGCCUUGAAACCUACUUCUUCACAUGCACAGGUUUCUACUGUGAAUGGCACGGAGCAUGAUGCACAAAAAGACGUGGAAAUGACACCAGCACCUCUACCACAACCAGGGGUUUCCCAAGCUCCCACUACAACCGCAGAGCCCACACAGCCAAUCUCCAGUGCCGGGGCAAUUGCUGGAGAGCCGGAAAGCAAAUCGUAUGUUGAUAGUCUUCCUAAACCAAGCAUUGUCAAAGGGCGGGUUCAAAGAGAUAACGGUGUCGCCUCUACACCUCCUCCGUCUUCGCGCGAUACUUCUCAGCUGCAAAAUAACUCCCGAACCAUCGAACCUCCCACUGAGCCACGACGCUCUGCACCCAGUGCUCCCCGGCUCGAUCUCGCCAAACUCAAUGGCUCGGAACCCUCAUUGGCUAAACCACAGCCUGUUCAGGCGCAACUCUCCGCACGUUCUUCCCGGCCACCUACUCCUACUGGGCCUCGCAAACACAACUCAAUUGACUCGCCCAGGUUAGGCAGGAUCUCUAUGCCCGGUCCUAUCGAGCCGAGCUCAACUGCUACUGCUCAAGAAUUGCGCAAAUUCUCGGUGGAGAAGGCAGCAGAAAAGUCAACUGUGGCUCCAACCUCGUCGGACCGCGCACCCAGCCGCAGGUCGACUCCGGAUGGGCGCCGUACCCCCUCUCCCAGGCCCUCGCGCCGCAAUACUAGUGCUGACAGCCGAGUCAGUGAAAGGACGCGAGACAAGGGACGUGAUAGGGAUAGGGACCGCGAUAGGGAUCGACACGAUGAUCGCGAACGUGAAAAGGAUAAGGAUAGGGAGAAGGAUCGCGAUCGCGACCGGCGGCGCUCUCAAACUUAUCACAGUAACAAAACUAGGUCCGAUAGGGACAAGGAUCAUAGAAAGCGCGAUAGCGAAGGCUCCCGUGUCAGAGGUCACGAAGACGACGAUGGGAGCAGCGCAAAGCGACAUAAAAGCGGUAGUGACGAGAAAAGACGCGAAGAACGUGACCGACACCAUAGCGACCGUCGCGAACGAGAGAAAGAGCGAGAAAAGGAUAAACACCGCGGCCGAGAGAAAGACAAGGACAGGGAUCGUGAUCGUGAUCGUGAUCGCGACCGUGACCGCGAACGCAAUCGGUCAGACAAGGACAAAGAUCGCGAGCGGGACCGCGACCCGGGAAAGGAAAAAGAGAAAGAGAAAGAGAAAGAUCGACCUCGGGAACGAGACCGAGAACGCGAUCGCGAAAAGGACCGGGAACGUGAACGAGAUAGGGAUAAUGACCGUAAUCGAGGUAGGAGAGGCCUGCGUGGGGAAGACUCAAUUGACCAGGUGACCGACAACGAAGCAUCAAGUAAACCUAUUGGUGAAGUUCCGAUUGGGCCUAAACAAAUCCAAGCGAACUCAAUAGCCGGCCUUCCAGCGAAACCUGUUGAUUACGACCGCUCUCAUGAAUUGACUCGUGAACCUCAAAGGAAUUCACCGCGAAUGUUCGAGGCCCCGCGCCCAUCUGAUGCGUCUUUCUCUGAGAGCUCUCGCUCCCUCGCUUCACGUCUCAACAACCCCUCGAUCCCACAGAAGCGUGGCCCAGCAGACGACGCCGGACCCCGCGACACUGAUAGGCCAGCCAAAAUGCAACGCCCCAGAGGACCUGGGGGCUAUGGAAGCGGUACCUUUGGAGCUGCACUUCAGGAUACCAAGGAUGCGUAUAAAUAUGAACUAGGCAACGCAGUAAUGUAUUCCAUCAGAUCACACCCAACGGGUGCACAAUAUGCGACCGUUCACAUUAACCUUACUUUCCUAUCUCUCUUUGCAGUCAAUGCCCAUCCUCUCUUAGACGCAAACCUUGGCUAUAAGAGCCCGUUCGUUGGGCAUCCUCAGUUCGACAUCGACACACCAGCUUUACAUGAAAGGCACCAAUUUUCUGCGCGACAGAACACACAGUCCGCGCCUUUUGUCGACGAUUCAUAUCCAACUUUCUACGGAGCAGAUUUUAGCAACGCACCUCUCAUUUGGAAUGGUGGCAUUACGUUUUCCCACAAUGUUGCAAGUGGUGAUCCUCUUGAUACCUCUGUACUCCUGUGGACAAGAGCAUAUCCACAAGGGACUGGACCAGACCAAUCUGUCCCAGUUUGCGUACGAUACCAAGUUUACGAUAAUGAGCAGCUCAAGGGGCAAGUGGUGACUAAAGGAUCGGCGUUUACAAGUUGGGACGUCGACUUUACUGUCAAAGUCGAAGCUCGCAACUUGAGGCCUGACACUUGGUACUGGUACAUCUUCAAUGACUGCACAGAUCCUGGCGUUGUAUCACCCGUUGGGCGCACAAGGACGAUAGCAAGCGCGAAUACUCCCGCCCAAAAAGUGAAUGGCGGAAAGCCGCUUACUCUUGGAGUGUUCUCAUGCUCCAACUAUCCAUUUGGCUUUUUCAAUGCCUACGGCUAUGCAGCCAAGUCUACUGACGCAGACAUCAUGGUACAUCUUGGCGACUAUAUAUACGAGUAUGAAGAAGGCCAUUAUGGUAAUGGAGCACCUCUCAACAGGACUGUGUCCGAUCGUGAGCUUGCUACGCUCUCCGACUAUAGGGCCAGGCUCGCUCUAUAUCGAACCGAUGAAUCACUCGCAUAUAAUCAUCAACAAUUCCCUUGGAUACAAGUAUGGGAUGACCAUGAAGUGGCCGAUAAUUCUUGGAAGGCAGGAACCGCUGAUUCCAACGACACUGUAUCAGGAUGCAAGUACUCGCCCUCUGGGACACCCAGGCUCUAUUUUAGGUGCUUCUCAGACCGCAAGCUCUCUGCGGUGCGGGCCUAUCAUGAAUGGAUUCCCAUUCGACAAGUUGCCUUGGACGAUAAACUUCGAAUCUGGCGGAACUUCCAAUUGGGAAGCUAUUGGUGUGACCUGACUAUGCUCGAUACUCGCAAUUACGAUCGUGAUGUUACAGAUGUAUAUUACAACACCCAGUAUGUGGAUUCUAUCCACAAAGGAGAGAAUAGAUCUAUUAUGGGGCUAAAACAAGAGAAAUGGUUGGAGCAGCAACUUCUAAACUCGAAGAGCCGUGGUGCAGUGUGGCGCAUCAUUGGGCAACAAGUGGUUUUCACUCAACUCAAUUUACUCGGUACGAUUGGCCUUGAUUCCUGGGAUGGCUACACCGCCAAUCGCAAGCGGAUCUUGGACUUACUUUAUAAACGCAAGAUUGAUAACACUGUUAUCCUCAGCGGCGAUAGUCAUGCAAACUGGGUCAGCGACCUCGCAUACCCAAAUGAUACGACUACAUACAACCCUGCGACUGGUCAAGGGGCUAUCGGUGUCGAGUUCGCUGGCACCGCUGUUUCCUCACCAUCACCACUUGGGGCGGGAGUAUCUCCGCUAGUAGCUGACGGAGUCAGCAAGCAACUCGUUGCCUCUAAUCCCGACCUGCAUUGGAGCGAGGGCUCAUGGCGCGGCUUCUUUACUCUCAGCCUUGCUCCCAAAAAUCUGACUGCGAAAUUCUACGCUAUGAGAAACCUCAAUACUACAAAUACGGAGGCAUUCGUGAGCGCCGAGUUCCACGUUACUGCUGGUGCCAACAAGCUUAGUCGUCCUGUAGCCGGUGGCAAAGUUGCAGCUGGCGCUCUCAAAGGCAACUAA